AAUAUGCAAAAACGUGUACUGCACUCUAUAAUUUAGCUGCAAGUGGAACAUACAUAUUUAUGAUAAACAAACUUUUCAUCAUUUCUCCCUAUGUCUAUAUAUUUUCGUAUCAAGUCUAACCACUGCAUGUGUAAACUUUUCCAUCUCCCUAUUCUCAUUUUUCAAACAGCAGUGGAGCGGUAGGGUUUCUCUUCACCUUCACCAUUUCCAUUAUUUUUUCUUCAUUCAACCUUACUGAUAGAGUUCUGUUUCUUCCACUACUUUUCUCAACAGAAUAUGAGCAGAAAGUUUUCCCCGAUUAAGGAUCUCAACGAUUCAAAAGAAACAUGGAGAUUGGCCGUUCGAGUUGUUGAUUUUUGGAGUGUUAUCAACAGCAAGGGUAAGGAGCAUCUGGAGAUGGUUCUAAUGGACGUAUCGGGUGAUAGGAUACAAGUUUUGAUUCGUUCUGACCACACACCAAAAUGGAAAGCAAGAAUACGCGAAAACAUGUCUUGCAUAAUCAACAAUGGAACUGUAUAUGAAAACGAUUUUCAGUGGAAGCUUUGUGAUCACGACAAGAAAUUUGUGUUUAUUGGUGGUACAACUGUUAAGGAAGUUGAAAUUCAGAACCUUCCUCCCAAAAGAUUUUUUUUCAAAGACUUUAAUGAUAUUCUUGGAGGAAAUUGUGAGAUGAACCGACUUGAAGAUAUCAUUGGUGUGGUUCAAGAAAUCAACAAUUUUCAAUACAACAAUUCUGGAAAAAAAUCAUUUGUUUCACUGAGUCUUAAAGACUUGAAAGGAGUCAUUGUUAACUGCACAUUAUGGGAGAGCUACGGAACAAAAUUUUUGGACUUCUACCACGACGAAAAAAACAGUGGUGCUAUUGUAAUAAUACUAACUCAUGCAAUGAUAAAGGAAUCACAAGUCUCAAAUGGUUGGAGUGGAUCUAAGUUGCUUAUUAACGAAGACAUUCCAGAGAUAACUGAGUAUUUAUCAAAGUUACCGUCAAAUGAGCAGACUGAAAAGCCUUCGCAGUCUUCGAAGGGAAUGUCUCUUUGGUCUGGUGCCUCUCAAUUCACCCCAGUCGAAAGUUUCGUUCAUAAGGCCAAGUGUAUUUCUCUCAGUGAACUUUGCAAGGUGAAACAGGACAUGUUAUGCGUUACUGUUGGAACAACUCAAAGAUUUUUUGUCUCAAAACACGGUUGGUUUUAUUAUGGGUGUACUAAAUGUUCUCUAAAGGCAUCUGAUGUGAACAAUCCAUACAAAUGUUCAUGUGGACAGAAUGUAGAACAUGCCAUACCGAGGUAUCGAGUUGACAUAUAUGUGGUUGAUGGUGAUUCCAAAUUUCGCUUUGUGUUUUGGGACUCUGACUGUGCCGACAUUAUUGGAAAGUCUGCUGAUAGUAUUUAUAAAGCAAUGCUUGAGGAAGGUGACGACGACCCAAUGAUAUAUCCAGAUGAUCUUGACAUGCUACUUGGUAAAAAGAUGGCGUUUAGGGCUAAAGUUCAGCCAACAUUUGGCCAAGCAUCUGUUUGGAAACUUUCCUAUGAUGAAGAGUUUGUAAAGGAAAUUGAGAAAGAUUAUAUUACUGAUGAAGGAGAUAGCAAAUCUUUAAACCAAAACCCAGUUGUUGAUCGUGUUGAUGAAUCCAUUGAGUCGUUGUCGGCAUAUGGAGAAAAUGAUCCUGAUAAACAAGUGACCAAUACUCCAUCCAAAGGAAGUCCUGUUUAUCUUGAUGCUGAAGAUUCCGAAUUACAAGCGUAUGGUACUACCCAGCUCUCAGGAACCAAGCCUGCAAAGAAAGUUAAGAUUGAAUCGGAUGCAUGAAGACUCCACCAGAACCACUUUAAUUUCCAUCAUUAUUGUUAUUUUGUGAUAUUUUCUUGACAGUUGUUUUAA